GGAAUGAAUAGAUGUAAACUUCCGGUUUUACCCGCGAACAACUAAAUCUUUAAAUUUAUUAAAUUAUCUCCAAUACGUAGCUCACAAAUCCAUAACAAUGAGCUCAGCAAAAAGGGUUGGUGAGAUUUUUACAGCAGCUGGUGAAGCAUUCAGUCGUUUGGGAGAGCUUACAAUGCAACUGCAUCCGUCUGCAGAACCUUCACCAACAAGUGGUAAAUGGACAGAUGCUGAAAUAGAAAUUUUACAAACAGCUGUCAAAAGAUUUGGUGACGACCUUCAAAAAGUCAGUGAAAUCAUUAAAACUCGUACAUUAUCACAAAUUAAGACACAGUUAAAAAGAAAGGCUUUUGAGAAUGCAGGUCUCACGACAGAGAAGUCCCCAGAGGGGAAAAAAGCAGAAAAAGCAACAGCAAAAAAAUCAGGGCAACCAGCUUCUAAAAAACAAAAAACCUCAGAAGUCACCCUAAAUGCGUUAAAUAUACCAGAUGCUGACAUUGACAUAGAAGGUUUAGGACCAGACCAACAGCAGAAAAAGUUAGAGUUUGAUUCAGAUGUAGAUGGGUACAUCUGAGUCUAGUGACCAGGAGUAAAUCUCAACUUUAUUUUAACAUGGACACAAUACAUAUACAGAUAUGUAGUAUUACUAGACUGUUUGAAAUAUGGACUUCUAUUGGAACAAUGGUCUACUCCAUUGUUUUGAAUUAGAUUUCUUCACUAGACUGUUUGAAAUAUGGAUUUGUUGUCUAAGAACUUAGACUGGAAUAUUGGUUGAUGGUGUAAAAAACUUUUUAAAGUGUUUUGAAACCUUGGAACCUGGAUUAAAAUCUAAUAUGAAGUAUUUAAGCUUGAGGGUUUAAAGUGUAAAUUAAUCACUGUCAGUAAAAAGAGCAAUUAAAUAAAAAACAAUAUAUGAGUAGAAACAGAAAUAAAUACAUAAAACAAAAUAUACAAUAAAUACAAAA